AUGUUGGCCUCCCAUCCCGUAUGUAGGACUCCCAUCUCCCAUGUUGGCCUCCCAUCUCCUAUGUUGGCCUCCCAUCUCCUGUGUUGGCCUCCCAUCCCCUAUGUUGGCCUCCCAUCCCUAUGUUGGCCCCCCAUCUCCUAUGUUGGCCUCCCAUCUCCUAUGUUGGCCUCCCAUCUCCCAUGUUGGCCCCCCAUCCCCUAUGUUGGCCCCCCAUCCCCUAUGUUGGCCUCCCAUCUCAUAUGUUGGCCCCCCAUCCCCUAUGUUGGCCUCCCAUCUCCUAUGUUGGCCUCCCAUCUCCUAUGUUGGCCCCCCAUCCCCUAUGUUGGCCUCCCAUCUCAUAUGUUGGCCCCCCAUCCCCUAUGUUGGCCUCCCAUCUCCUAUGUUGGCCUCCCAUCUCCUAUGUUGGCCCCCCAUCCCCUAUGUUGGCCCCCCAUCCCCUAUGUUGGCCUCCCAUCUCCUAUGUUGGCCCCCCAUCCCCUAUGUUGGCCCCCCAUCCCCUAUGUUGGCCUCCCAUCCCCUAUGUUGGCCCCCCAUCCCCUAUGUUGGCCCCCCAUCCCCUAUGUUGGCCUCCCAUCUCCUAUGUUGGCCUCCCAUCUCCUAUGUUGGCCUCCCAUCUCCUAUGUUGGCCUCCCAUCCCCUAUGUUGGCCUCCCAUCUCCUAUGUUGGCCUCCCAUCUCCUAUGUUGGCCCCCCAUCCCCUAUGUUGGCCCCCCAUCCCCUAUGUUGGCCUCCCAUCUCAUUUGUUGGCCCCCCAUCCCCUAUGUUGGCCUCCCAUCUCCUAUGUUGGCCUCCCAUCUCCUAUGUUGGCCUCCCAUCUCCUAUGUUGGCCUCCCAUCCCCUAUGUUGGCCUCCCAUCUCCUAUGUUGGCCUCCCAUCUCCUAUGUUGGCCUCCCAUUCCCUAUGUAGGACUCCCAUCUCCUAUGUUGGCCUCCCAUCUCCUAUGUUGGCCACCCAUCCCCUAUGUUGGCCUCCCAUCCCUUAUGUAGGACUCCCAUCUCCCAUGUUGGCCUCCCAUCUCCUAUGUUGGCCUCCCAUCUCCUGUGUUGGCCUCCCAUCCCCUAUGUUGGCCUCCCAUCCCCUAUGUUGGCCCCCCAUCUCCUAUGUUGGCCUCCCAUCUCCUAUGUUGGCCUCCCAUCUCCCAUGUUGGCCCCCCAUCCCCUAUGUUGGCCUCCCAUCUCCUAUGUUGGCCUCCCAUCCCCUAUGUUGGCCCCCCAUCCCCUAUGUUGGCCUCCAUACUCCUAUGUUGGCCUCCCAUCUCCUAUGUUGGCCCCCCAUCCCCUAUGUUGGCCCCCCAUCCCCUAUGUUGGCCUCCCAUCUCCUAUGUUGGCCCCCCAUCUCCUAUGUUGGCCUCCCAUCUCCUAUGUUGGCCCCCCAUCUCCUAUGUUGGCCUCCCAUCCCCUAUGUUGGCCUCCCAUCUCCUAUGUUGGCCUCCCAUCUCCUAUGUUGGCCUCCAUACUCCUAUGUUGGCCCCCCAUCCCCUAUGUUGGCCCCCCAUCUCCUAUGUUGGCCCCCCAUCCCCUAUGUUGGCCCCCCAUCCCCAAUGUUGGCCCCCCAUCCCCAAUGUUGGCCUCCCAUCUCCUAUGUUGGCCUCCCAUCCCCUAUGUUGGCCCCCCAUCCCCUAUGUUGGCCUCCCAUCUCCUAUGUUGGCCUCCCAUCUCCUAUGUUGGCCCCCCAUCCCCAAUGUUGGCCUCCCAUCCCCUAUGUUGGCCCCCCAUCCCCUAUGUUGGCCUCCCAUCUCCCAUGUUGGCCCCCCAUCCCCUAUGUUGGCCCCCCAUCCCCUAUGUUGGCCUCCCAUCUCCUAUGUUGGACUCCCAUCCCCUAUGUUGGCCUCCCAUCCCCUAUGUAG